AUGGACAUGUCGGAAUUGACGUGCAUCAUCUCCAAAUUUGACCCGCUGUCCGACUACUCUGAUAGUGAGACCGAGAUCUUCAAGCACCCCGUCCCAAGCCGUCUCCAAACGCUGCUCCGGCCAUGUCUCAAACAGCCGCAGCAGCAGACAUUAUCCAGCUCAGCCACGACCGGCGAUAACGCAGAUGUGGCUGCCCUAUGCUGCAAGACUGCACGGUUUGCAGCGGCGCACCUGCUAGCAAAAUGUCUCGUCACGGGCAAGGUCGUGCCGACGCGCGAGGAAGAGCGUGCUGCCAGGAUCGACGAGGAUGGGCUUGACAUGGGAACCGGGGAUCGUCGCAGGCAGCAGAGGAGACAGAAGCGGGCAAAGCUACGCCAAAAGCAAGACGGCGGUGGCGGCAACCUCCUGGAUGACGAUUUGGCAUUUCACAAGGGCGUAGGCCACAAAAAGGGCAGUCCCAAAUUGAAUCUAAGCUCGGGAACAACAUCAACAACAUGUGAAGGGUCGGUCUCGAAAGAAGCUGCCAGCGCAAGGGACAGGGCCAUGGACGAACCCAUCACGAACCUCGAAAGGGAAAGUUUCGGGCCGGAAUAUGAAAACCUGCCCACUGAUGAGGAAAAGAUAUUGAUUGAAGAAGACCCAGAGGAGCUGGCUCUCGAUGAGACCCUGGUUGAGGCCUUUCGGAACGCCGCAAUCAAUCAGGGGGACGUUGCGCCGUUGCAGAGCCUCGACAGGUUUGCUUGGCAGAGCAGAUGGACGCUGCCUGCGGCUGCGGAUAACCUCGACUUGAACAGCUAA